AGAGCACAUCUGCUGUGCGCGCUCUGAAAUGAAUCGAUAGAAUUGCAGUGGGGGUGCUCUUGCACAGCUGUAGCCAUUACCUACUACGUUUGGCCCGCAAAUAAUGUCUAAUUCCAAGCCAGUUAACUACUUAACAUUAAAAUGUCUACUGAAGAAUAUGGAUUCAGGUAUGAGACUCCAACUUUUCGUCAUGUUCCCUUCAAUCCAAUAUCUCGAAAAAUUAUUUCCGCUCCACGUCAAGUAUCUCACAAUAAAAUCUGAUCACAUAACAGUCAACCGGACUACAUUUCAGCUCAAAAUCUGUAACAAAUACAACAACUUUCACGGUGGUUACAAAUUCGACUUUGAUCAAUACGGACGACUAGAUCGCGGUGAAAUAGAGCAAGACCCAGAUGAAUCGAUAAUCGACGUAAGAGAUGGUUUUUUGUCAAAGAAGGGAAUUCCAGAAUGUGAAAUGGAAACCGCGAGGCUUGUGCAUAAUUUGACAUUGCAAAAGUCUCAACGCUAUUCGACAAGAAUUUGGGAAUCCCAUGGAACAAUCUUGAAGAAACUUUCUUACUAUGUUCCUGAAAACAAUUUCAUUCGAUUGAAGAUUGGAAAGCGAGUUGAAGUAUUGGAGUAUCAACGGAAGAUACAUGAAGCUAUGAAGUACCUCCUCGGAAGGCUAUUUGGGGGAAGAAGUUUGGAAGCGAACCAAUUCUCCAUUGGAUGUGACACAGUUCUUCGGGUUCCUUCAACAUUGAAGUUUCGAAUUGAAAACCUGUAUACUCCGAGUUUUAAAAUUGCUAACACAUUGGAUGUAGUUAAUCAAAUAGUUGACAACUCUAGUCUACCAUUAAGCUCACUGAAGUAUAGCUUUGAAAAUCACAUUUAUCAUCAUCCUCAUUCACUUGUUAGAACCGUAAAGAUGCUGAAACUCGAGGUCGAAAUGGUGCCUGAUUAUAUCUCAGGAAUUGUAAGCAACCUACAAAUGGUGGACGAGAAAAGAGCUCACAUAGUAUUUCUGGGUGAUUGCACAAGCAGCAACUUCUUGAAAAUUCUGGCUCACUGGAUUUUGGAGUUUCAUAGAGACAUUGGAACCUAUCACACUUACCAAUUGAGUGAAGCCGUCGUUGAUGAAGUGAUGAUAUUUGUUAGAACAAAUUACGGAGUCAUGAUUGAAGCUGGACUCCCACAAACCACCGACCAGAUAACUCUCAAUAUAAACGACACUUCGAGCCUUGUCAUCAGCAAGUUUCAACAAAAGGAAAAAUGGAUUUUUGGACUAAAAAUGGAGCAUUGAGUACAUGUUUAAUCUAAUUGAUGGGAUUUUUUAACCUUUUUUGUGUGGAAAUUUUAAUUUUUCAAAUAUUUAAAUAAAAACAAUGGAAAACUGUA